AAGAUGGCGGCCGCUUCCUCCUCUGGUAACGGAGGAGGAGAAGACGACGAGAGCUUGAAAGGAUGUGAACUCUAUGUUCAGAAGCACAACAUCCAGCAAAUCCUGAAGGAGUGCAUUGUGAACCUCUGCAUUGCUAAACCCGACCGGCCAAUGAAGUUCUUGCGGGAACAUUUUGAGAAACUGGAAAAGGAAGAAAACAAACAGAUCCAGGCUUGGCAGAAAUCCAGCUCUCAGUCAGAUUCUCACGACGAUGAAGUUUCUCCCCCACCACCCAACCCGGUGGUCCAAGCCCGGCAUCGAAGGGGAGGGGUCAGUGCUGAGGUCUACACCGAAGAAGAUGCAGUGUCUUAUGUCCGGAAGGUUAUUCCAAAGGACUAUAAGACUAUGACAGCCUUAGCCAAGGCCAUCUCCAAGAAUGUCCUCUUCGCUCACCUUGAUGACAAUGAGAGAAGUGACAUAUUUGACGCCAUGUUCCCUGUCACCCACAUUGCUGGAGAGAUUGUGAUCCAACAAGGUGACGAAGGUGACAACUUCUACGUGAUUGAUCAUGGGGAGGUGUAUGUGUAUGUGAACGGAGAACUGGUCACCAGCAUCGGAGAAGGAGGCAGCUUUGGAGAACUGGCCCUCAUUUAUGGAACCCCGCGAGCCGCAACGGUCAAAGCAAAGACUGAUCUGAAACUCUGGGGGAUUGACCGAGAUAGCUACAGACGCAUCUUGAUGGGCAGCACGUUGAGAAAACGGAAAAUGUAUGAAGAAUUUUUGAGCAAGGUGUCCAUUUUGGGAUCUCUGGACAAAUGGGAGCGCCUGACGGUGGCCGAUGCACUAGAGCCGGUCCAGUUUGAGGAUGGAGAGAAAAUUGUGGUCCAGGGGGAGCCGGGGGACGAUUUUUUCAUCAUCACAGAGGGCACGGCUUCGGUCCUUCAGCGUAGGUCUGACAAAGAGGAAUAUGUCGAAGUUGGGCGCCUGGGGCCAUCUGAUUAUUUUGGGGAAAUCGCCCUGUUGCUCAACAGGCCCAGGGCAGCUACUGUGGUGGCCCGGGGGCCCUUGAAGUGUGUUAAGCUGGACCGGCCACGCUUCGAACGAGUCCUUGGCCCUUGCUCUGAAAUCCUCAAGAGGAACAUCCAGAGAUACAACAGUUUCAUCUCUCUCACUGUCUAAAAGUCCUCUUUGGCUCGUCUUUUACGUU